AUGGUAGAAGAAUGCUGGGGAAAAAGUUUGUCCUCGAAGCCUAUUGAGGCUGGAAUAUGGACGGUGAACUCCCUAGGGCGUCUCGGGAACCAGAUGGGGCAAUAUGCCACCCUUUAUGCCUUAGCCAAGCUCAAUGGAUAUCAAGCCUACAUCCAUCCAGAAAUGCAUUCGGCUUUAUCACCAGUCUUCAAGAUCACUUUGCCUGUAAUCUCUGCUGAGGUGUUUAGGAAGAUCCAAUGGAGGAAUGUUUACUUGCAUGAUUGGAUGUCAGAGGACUAUCGUCACAUCCAAGGGAAAUACGUCCAAUUGACGGGCUACCCUUGUUCUUACACCUUUUAUCACCACAUCCGCCAGGAAAUACUAAAGCAAUUCACUUUCCAUGACCACAUCAAGGAGGAGGCCAACCACUACCUGCAACUCUUGCGGGGAGAACGCCAGAAUGUGACGUAUGUUGGAGUGCAUGUCCGUAGAGGGGAUUAUGUGAGGGUAAUGCCCAAAAUCUGGAAAGGUGUGGUGGCUGACAAAAGUUACUUGGAGAAAGCCAUGGGCUACUUCAGAAAGAAGUACCUCAAUCCCAUCUUUGUGGUCACCAGCAAUGGGAUGGAGUGGUGCAAGAAGAACAUUAAUGCCUCCAGAGGGGAUGUUUACUUUGCUGGGGAUGGGAAGGAAGCCUCCCCAGGAAGGGAUUUUGCUCUCCUUACUCAUUGCAACCACACAAUCAUGACCAUUGGGACUUUCGGCAUCUGGGCUGCCUACCUAGCAGGUGGAGAGGCUGUUUAUUUAGCCAAUUAUACCUUACCAGACUCUCCGUUUCUCAAGGUCUUCAAACCCUCUGCAGCCUUCUUACCUGAGUGGAUUGGGAUCCCAGCCAAUCUUUCUCCAUUGCUGCCCAAAUAA